AUUUACUUGAUGAAUACAAAUAUUUAACUGGAUUUAUUGGAGGCGGAUGGACCAACGAUUGGAUACAUACAUUAAUCUUAUAUUUCUCGCGAAACUCACGGACCGUAUACCCAUCAUCGCUCCUUUCGUACCAACACACGUAGGGAAAAUUAAUGACGCAGGGCUUCCACCCUUUGGCGAUGUUUUCGAUAUUCCUCGACUUGCAGAGGCCAUCCAUCUUCCCGUACUUGAAUGGCGCGAUGUCAAAUUACCAGCUGAACCCGACCAGGAACCGGAGACCAUUGGUGGAUGGACAGCAUGGGCCCGCUGGGAUAUGUUUCGGGGAGGACUCCCGCGUCCGAACAGUGUCGAAAGGACCCUUGGUCUUGAGGUCUCCUAUACGAAUAUCCCCUAUACUGCUACGAUGCGUGACAGGCUCAGGGUUCCAGAUGGGGUGCACGUUCUCCUCAUGGAGCUCAUGAAAUUGUCGUACCACUCUGAAGUCGUUCGGGCAACUCAUAAUGAACAGAACUUCGAGUCAGACGGAGUUCUUAAAGUCAAACUUCCCCCGGACGAACAUAUCAUGACGUUCGACUUUCUGUACUUUGCGACCCUGACGAUCGAUUUCGAGUGGGCCGGACCUUGGUUUCUUCCCUGGAACAUGAUUGGCACGCAUUGUCAUUGGCACCCUACCAUUGAACAGUUAGCACAGCAGUACUUGAUGCGCCUAUUCGUGGUAGACAGUCGGGAAGACAUACCUGCAUACAUUGCCAUCCAUGCUCGCCGGAAGGACUUUGAUGGUCAAUGCCAUGGUAGACCUAAAGAGGAAUGUUUUGCUCCUUUAUCGGCUUUCGAGAAACGAGUGGAGGAAAUUCGAUAUGAACUUGGCAUGCGAUCUGAAUUUCAAGAACCAGGAUCGGAUAUUGCCAGCAUCCCUGUUAUCAUGACGAGUGAUGAGACGGAUCAGUCUUUUUGGGAUGGUGUGAGAGGAUAUGGGUGGAAGAUGAUUGAUCAUAGUCCGAAUGGAGAGGAUACCGCUGCCAAGCAUGGUCCAUGGUAUCCCCAUGGGCAUGGCUUCGUUGGGACCGCAGGUUCGACCAUGUCGAUAAUAGCUUCUCGGAGGGUGGAAGAUUGGCAAGGCGGAGUAUCGAGGGAAGUCGCUUGGGGUGGAGAGGGAGCAGAUGAUCACGAACCACAGUUGACUGGUUAUCGUGAGAAUCAAGCUCGAUUUACAUAGUCAUUUUUCCUUGCUUGCUUUGCACAUGUACAGAUUCCCUUCCUCUUUUCUUUUUGCAUUUUCUUCGGAACUGCGUUCAUUGUUGGACGUUCAGGAAAAUCAUUGCUGUAUUUAUAUCUGUUGAUUUCGAAGUGGACAACUUGCUUUGCG